AUGGCAGAGAUUCUUGAACCAGCAUUACUUGUGGAAGAUAAAGAGAUUUUGAGAAGGAAGUUGGAGCUGUUACAGAGGGAGUAUGAGAGAACAGCACAGAAACUUCAGCGUGCUGAGCGUAGGGAGGCAGUGCGGAGGCACGUUCGGAGUAAAAUCUCUGAACAGAACCAACCCACUGAGCAAAACCCUGCAACUCCUCUGUCCAGUUCAGCUGCGUCUUUUGCCUCACAUCGCCAACCCACUUCCCUGUCUCUGUCCACACAAACCAAUCCAGAUGCAGACGGGCUCCCGGAUUCUCCAAACCUGCAAGGCUCUGGUUUAGCAAGGCGAGUCUCAGCUGUUCGUUUUCACCUCCCCGAGCGGGCGGACGAAAGUCCCGAACCCUCCUCAGAAUCUCUCCGAAGUUCUGCUCAUCGCCUUCGCUCCAGGCGAAGCCGUCUACGUUUACAGAACAGAGAGAGAGCCUCUGAUACUGAAAGUAGCCAGGAAAAAGAAAGAGACAGAUGGAGACAUAGACAAUUCAAUGCACAGAGUGGACAGACUGAUGGAGAAUCGCGGCUGGAUUCAGAUGUGCAGAAACUCAUAGCUAGUCAGUCAGCUGGUGUGGCACAAGUAACUAACCAAACAAGGGAGGAGUUAAAAGAAUCUAGCCAAGCAGAGGAAGAUAAGAAAAAUAUAGAUCAUGUAGCCAGUUUAGAUGUUAAACAACAGAAGGAAUUAACAGACGCUCAGUGCUUACUUGGUGCAGGGAAUGUUCUGCAUACUUGUACAGUAAUUGAGGGAUUACCUUUUCCGGUGGAGUAUUAUAUCCGCACCACUCGCAGAAUGGCUGCAGCUCAAAGCUCAGUGGACCUGGACGCUGUCAUUCAAAGCCAGCUCACCGGAGGGCGGGGCAGACGUCGGUCCAGCCAAUCGCAGACACCCGGCAGGAGUCAAGUAACCUCAGGGAGUUCGGAGUCUGAGAAUAAGCCAGUUAAACCCAGGGGGCGGGGUCAAAGAGGUAAAAGAGGGCGGGGUGGAAGAAGAAGUAGAGGUGUGGCAAUGAAAAUGCGUGUCAGUCAGGAUUUCACAGCUCCAGAUACAGAGGGUGAGUGUGGUCUGGAGCCUCUACCUCAUUCUCAGCUUCCUCUAGAUUCACAAACAGUCAGUGACUCUGAGUCUUUCCACCAGUCAGAAUCUCUGCUGGAAAAGGGGCCCCUCCCUCACUCUGCCUCUAUCUCUCAACCUAAACCAGUCCCGUCGUCUGGUCCCGAUCUUCACUGUGAGGUCAUCCCACAGUCUGUGCUCACCACUGACACUAGGCUUUGCCCUGAUACUAAACUAACCCCAAAUCCAAACGUGUUCCCAGAUACUAAACACCUCACAGAUUCUCAGCUUCUCCUGGAUACUGACCUGCUUUCAGAUGCAAAUGUGUACCCAAUCUUCAGAACCAGGGCUGGAAAACGAAUUGGAGACAUAUCUUACAGUCAGACUCAAGCAACUAAAAAUGGUUCCACAUCUGUUCAUUCUUCCUUGGCUUCACUCACUCAAGCUCUGAUGGCAAAGGACUCUAGGAGCCUUGGCCAACUCCUGACAACCUUUGACCUCCAGGACUUUUACUUACCAGAUGAGGAGUUUGGCAGGUUAAAACUGGAGAAACUACGCUUCUCCACCUCAGGGACAGAGCCUUUCUCUCCAAAUCCAUGCUAUUACAAUACUCGCCAUGGCAACAAGCGCUAUGGCAACAGGACACCUGGCAACAGGUACCGUGGUGUUACAAACAGUAAAGAGAAUAACUGGGUCAGUCCUCAGCCUCUUCCUUUCAGCCCCUCACCUCAGGACAGUUUACCGCUUUGUCAGUUAAACCAAAGUGACCAAUCACAGGCUGAGACAAAGAAAACUGACCAAUCAGAAAACCGCCCAGACACGACCGACCAAUCACAGACCUCUGAUGCUGACCCAGUAGUUGACAUGAAGCAGAGCCAAGGGGAGGAUCAAACCAAAGACAAGAAAGAGACACAAACCCAAACUACAGACAAAAAAUGGGUGGCAACAUACAAGUCUCCAAAGCAUCCUUGGGACAGUUCUGAAUUACCAGUUUCACUCAAUCUCAGUAGAUCUCAGGCUUCACAAACACAGACAAGUCAUGACCUCAUUUUGCCUUCGCUUGGCAUGACGCCUCACCUUUCCACCCCUCAUUCACCCUUCCAUCCCCUUUUUCUCCUCUCUCCUUCUGAUAGUCAGGAGACAAAGUCUCAAAAUCGGGACCCAGAGACUGAAACUCAAAGCUCUGGUAAGUCAGAUAAGAAGAUACAGAUCAACUCCGAACAAGAAAUUCAAACCUGUAACCAGACACAUAUGGAGUCCAGGACUGCUCAGGGACUUGUUGACUCAGAUUGGUUGACGGACUGCCCUGCCGUUACUCUGUCCUCCUCUGCCAACCCAGCUGCGCCAACAAAUCAGAGAGCAGAAAGCAAAGCUACCCCUGUCCCUAAUGGUAGCCCAAAUGCCAACCAGAUUUACACAGACGGUUCCAAGGUCACAAGAGACCCCGCACAUAAUUUAACCCAGACUGGUCAAGGUCACCUCAGUAAUAAUAGGGAGGAGCAUCACACUGAACCAUCACUUCAUAACGUGUCAUGUGAAAUGAGGACGGAAACUGGAAAUGCCACCCCCCUUUCUGUCAAGGCCACUCUGUCUUCUAGUGUUCUGCAGCGCACACACACUCUAAAGGCAAUGACAGAUGGAUGCAUAGUGGAUGUGUGUGUGGUACGUUGGCCUUCAGAGGAAUUGUGUGUUUGUGUGGCGGGAGAGUGGAGUGUGUGUGUAUGGGCUCAGAGGAAAAGUGUGGAAGAGUGGAGUCUGCUGCACACCUGGACCUUCACUCAGCCUGUUGUCUCUCUCAUCACUGUUCCAGACUCAGCAGGCUUGGUGUGUGUGACUUUUGGUCAGUUGGAGAUUACAGAGGCAAGAGUUCUGUGCUGUCCCGGCGUGGAGGGUCCGUUUUCUCUGUCUGAAUUGUCUAUGGGGGCGUUGCAGACAGUGGUGGGUGUGUCUGACUGCAGGCUGGUCUUUAGCUCUGCUUCCCAAGACAACAAGCAGAGGGUCAACACAGUCACACUGACACCAGAUGGCAGAGUGGCAGAGUCUCUUGCUCUGGAUUGUCCUGAUUGGAGUGUUCAGAACCUUGCUGCUGUGGAGGGGCAGAGAGACGCUCUGAUUGGCUGGACAGAGCACAGGACACUCCUCCUCUGGAACCUCAGAACAGGACAACUGCUUCUGACUGUACAGCUGGGGAAGAUGGUGUCCAUGGCAAUGUGUAUGAGAGGAUACUCUUAUCGUGGUGCACUCUGUGUCUUGCUGCAGAGUGUGAGUGUGUGUAACGAAGAGAAAGACUCUGCUCUUUUCUCACUCAUUGCCCUUAACCCUUUGACGGGUAAAUCCAUCCUGCUGGCCUCCAUCACUUCCCCAACAAGUCACACAGAAAGGUUGGUGGAUGGUGAUGUCUCAGGGGCCGCCCUUGUGGGGGUGUUCCAGUCAGGAAGUCUGGCUGUGUGGGACCUGGGAAGGGGCGUGGCUCACGUUAUUGACGGUGGAGCCCAGGGGGUGUGUAAUCUUGCCCGAUGGGCGGGGCCAAACACGUUGCUUACUGGCCACCUCAAUGGAGACAUCAAUGUGUACCAGCACAUACCAGCAUAA